AUGGCCAAAAUGUUUUCCUCGUUCCAGAGACUUCUCUCCAAUUUGUCCAGGCUUUUCAAAGUCUUGGGCAAUAUGGGGAGUGUCUCGCCAGUCUACCUGCUGGACCGAGAUGAGGCCGAGACUACACGUCUCAAUGACCAGCAUCGCUUUCUCGUGGAGCUCUCUAACGUCAUCCACCCAUCUAUUCCGAGAGAUCUGACGGCAGUAGCCGACAUUGGCACUGGUACUGGCGUCUGGCUCGAAGAUGUCGCCAAUAUCCUCCCGAACAAGUCAGUCGAGCUCCACGGCUUCGACAUCUCCUCAGCCCAAUACCCACGGGGCCACGAGAUCCAACGACCUGGCCAGAAGCCAAUCAAACUAAGCGUCCACGACGCACUGCGCCCGUUCCCAGAAGCUCACCGCGGCCGAUAUGACCUCGUACACAUCCGACUCCUCACAGCAGGUUUGAAACAAGCAGAUUACGCACGAGUGCUCGCCAACGCGCGCGCUUUGCUAAAACCAAACGGCUGGAUCCAAUGGGAAGAAGUCGACCACACAGCGUUCUGCACAGACGCAGUACCCGAACCAACAGCAAUAACCCGACUGCGAUCAUGCGUGAUCGAGGCCAUGCUGAAACUAGGUCUGUGGCCGUUUGCGCCGCAGUGCGUGUAUGAUCAGAUCUCUGCGCAUGGGUUCACUGACGUCGUCCGCGAGACCUACACUACUGCUGGGAAAGACCAUAUGCGGCCUUUCGCGCAGAAAUGGGUCGCGGGUGUGAUGCGUGCGCUGACGCCACCUUCUAUGGUUGUUACCGGUCAAGCUGCGGAUCUCACGCAGGCACGUGGGAUUGUUGAUGGGUUGGUUCGCGAGUUUGAGGCUCAUUGUGAGUCUGCGACGGCGCUGGUUAACUUUGGGGUUACGGUUGAAAUGGCAGCAUCAAUGGAAAUCCACGAAGCUCCGCCUAAAGGGCGAAGCAAAGUCCAAGUUGCCGCAAUAAUGGUAGCGCUUUCGUUAUCGAUGUUUAUCGCCGCGCUAGAUCAAACGAUCAUGGCCACGGCGAUCCCAACAAUCGCCGCGUACUUCCACUCCUCUGCUGGGUAUACGUGGAUUGGCGGCGCAUAUCUUCUCAGCUCCGCCGCCAGCGCGUGUAUCUGGGCCAAGCUUUCUGAUAUCUGGGGGCGGAAACCUAUCUUGCUCUUGGCUGUUGGGUGGUUUUUCCUCAGCUCGAUUAUUUGCGCUGCUGCUACUAGUAUGGAGAUGUUGAUCGCUGGUCGAGCGCUGCAGGGUGUUGCUGGUGGUGGUUUGCUCCAGCUGGUUACGAUUAUUAUUUCCGAUUUGUUCAGUGUCAGACACCGCAGUUUAUAUCUCGGCCUGAUGGAGGUCAUGUGGGCUUUUGCUGGUGGUGUUGGACCGUUGCUUGGAGGUGCUUUCAGCCAGUAUGUCACUUGGAGAUGGACUUAUUGGAUCAAUCUACCGGUCUCGGGGGUGACAUUUGUGCUCCUUUUCUUUUUCUUGGAUGUGCACAACCCCCAGACGAAAAUUAUGGAUGGCGUCCGCGCCAUUGACUGGUUCGGUAGUUUCUCUGUGCUGGGUCUUACUCUCAUGCUUCUAUUAGGAUUGGACUUCGGCGGCGAGACGUUUGCCUGGAAAUCACCGCAGGUGAUCUGCCUCAUUGUCUUUGGGUCUUUGUGUUCCUUGCUGUUCGUCUACAGCGAGAAGAAACUAGCCAAGUAUCCCUUGAUGCCCAUGGAUAUCUUCACCCGAUUCUCUAACGUUGCCACCUUGCUAGUGGCAUUUGCGCAUGGUUUUGUCUUCAUUGCCGGGGAAUACUAUAUCCCCCUGUACCUACAAUCCGUGCACGGCUCCUCACCAAUGAGCUCCGGCGUCCUCAUUCUCCCACUUGUGGUGACGGAAGCAUUCUCUGGCAUGUUUACCGGCGCAAUAAUCCACCGCACAGGUCGAUACCUAGAACUGAUCUGGAUCGGCCUGGUACUGAUGACCAUCGGGAACGGGCUGUACAUCAACCUCGGUGUGGGAUCCUCCGUCGGUGAGAUAGUCGGGUACCAGAUCCUCGGCGGUCUUGGUGCCGGAUUCCUCUUCCAAACACCCAUAAUCGCCAUCCAGGCCAUGGUCUCACAGGAGGACACUGCAACCGCUACGGCAACCAUCGGCUUCAUUCGCAACAUGGCAACCGCGGCCUCCAUUGUGAUUGGCGGUGUUGUCUUCCAGAACAGUAUGGGCCAGAAGCAGUCCAGCUUGUUGGCUUCCGGGAUGUCGACCAGCAUGGCGGCUCAGAUGUCUGGGGAUUCGGCUGCUGCCAGUAUCGAGUCGAUUAAAUUCAUUACUGAUCCCACGCAGUUGCUUGCUGUUAGGGAGGCUUUUGCUUGGAGUUUGAGGAAUAUGUGGAUUCUUUACACGUGCAUGUCGGCUGUUGGUGUCUUCUUUUCGGCUUUUAUUUUGAAGGCUAAGCUGAAUAAGGAGCAUGUUGAGACCAAGACGGGACUGAAUGUUGAGAAGACGUCGGUCGUCGAGAAUGUACAUAGCGUAUAG